GAUUGUAUAGCAGCCAUAUAACAGGACAGUGUAGGGUUAAAGGUAGUAUUCAGUUGGGGUUGUUGUAGCUUUCCCCACAGUGUAUAUGAAAAGAGCAAGUUUGUAAGCAAAUGGAUGUUAAGGGGAAAAUACUGUCUAGACUACAACUCCCAGCAUGCAGUGGUGUAGGUGGGUUGAAAGCCGGAGGAAGCAGUCUUACCUGCUCAGACAGUGUCGGAUUUCAGUUCUUAUCGGGAGGCUCAACAACAGAGUAAAUAAACCUUGUAACGAGUCACUGAGUGCUAGUUAUUGGCCAACUAUGCAGUCCACAGGUUCUGGGGCCGAGGAGGCCUUUGACUAUCUUUUUAAAAUCAUCCUGAUUGGGGACUCCAAUGUUGGCAAGACCUGCGUUGUCCAGCGUUUCAAAUUGGGCAAUUACGUGGAAAGGCAGCAAAACACCAUCGGAGUGGACUUCACCGUUCGAACCUUGGAAGUUGAGGGCAAGAAAGUAAAGAUGCAAGUCUGGGACACAGCCGGGCAGGAGCGUUUCCGCACCAUAACACAGAGUUACUACCGCAGUGCGCACGGGGCCAUUAUCGCCUAUGACAUCACACGCCGUUCAACCUUUGACUCUGUGCCAGACUGGAUCCAUGAGGUGGAGAAGUACGGAGCUGCCAGUGUGGUGCUUUUACUAAUAGGGAACAAGUCGGACCUGGCUGGGGCACGGCAAGUACUGUUUGAGGAUGCCUGCACGCUGGCAGAGCAGAACGGGCUUCUGGCCACACUGGAGACCUCGGCCAAGGAGGCCCAGAACAUUGAUGAGGCCUUCCUGCUCAUGGCCCGCGAGCUCAUGGUGAGGAACGGACUGCAGUUCCAGAGCGAGGGCCCCCAGAUCAGCCUGUGCAUGGACUCCCGGCCCGUCUGCACCCCUCCUGAAGAAAAGAAAAGCUGCACCUGCUGAGAACAUCAACACAGAAAACUCAAAUCACUACAAAGUACACCACAAGCAGGCCACGAGACAUGUGUCCCGAUAGUCAUCUAGUUUGGAUGGUUUAAGAUAAAUCAUAAUUAUUUAUAGAUUUAAGGAAAUUGAUGUGGUGGACCAUGCAUUCAUACCAACAGUCCAGCAUUCACAUAGUGGACUACUAGUGUUGCAAAGUGUAAGACAUGAUGUACCACCAAUCGUUGCUACACUGUGGAUCAUUUACCCUCCAUACAUACAGCCUGCUUUAGAUCUUGUAGAGCCUGCUUGGGAAUAGGAUGACCAUGACCUUGCCAUUGAUUCUGUCGUUGAGGAACCUGCUGAAGGUGUCACUCAGUUGGAAAUUAAAUGAAGAUCCCCAGGGGUGAUUUAUCAACCCACUUAUUAAUAUUUCUACACACAAUAAAUUUGACGGCAGUGAUAUUAAGAACCACCAUGCAAAUGCAGAUUAUUCAGACAGAUGAGUACUUUGCUGUUGCAAGCUGGUGUAUAGCCAUGGCCAAAAGUUUAGCAUCAUUUAGAAUAUUAGGAUUCAGACAAUUUAAAAAAAUGUAAAACUAUAUGAACA